CCCCCCGGUGACGUCAUGGCAGGGGGGGAAAUCCGGGCCCGCCAUGGGGCUGGCGCGUCUUAUCCGCCGGGCAGCCCAGCCGCUUUGCUACUUCAAAGCCCCCUUUCCCGGCCCGGGAGGGGCGGGGGUGCUUUGCCCCGGGGCUGCGCUCCGGACCGUGUCGGGCCCCACUUCGAGCUGGGAGCCGCCGCGUCCGCCGGGAUCAAGGAGCAUCCUGGCCAGGACGCUUUCCUCGGCGGCUUUGGUGCAAACGGCUCCGCUCUGGCUCCAGCCUUACCUCCGUCUCAUGCGGCUGGAUAAACCCAUUGGGAUUUGGCUGCUGUAUCUUCCCUGUACCUGGAGUAUAUCCUUGGCAGCUGAACCAGGUUGUUGGCCAUCCUGGGAUCUGCUGUUACUUUUUGGUGCUGGGUCAGUUCUGAUGCGUGGAGCUGGCUGCAUUAUAAAUGACAUGUGGGACGUGGACUAUGAUAAAAAGGUAGUGAGAACUGCAAAUCGGCCGUUGGCAGCUGGAGAGCUAACAUAUUUUCAAGCCCUGGUUUUUCUUGGUUCACAGCUUAGCUUGGCUUUGUGUGUCUUGCUAUGUUUAAAUUAUUACAGCAUUAUUUUAGGAGCUUCUUCUUUAUUUCUUGUGGUGACUUAUCCACUUAUGAAGAGAAUAACUUACUGGCCACAGUUAUAUUUAGGCUUGGUCUUCAAUUGGGGAGCCUUACUUGGCUGGUCUGCGGUCCACGGUUCUUGCAAUUGGUCUGUUUGCUUACCCCUGUAUUUUUCCAGCGUCUGUUGGACUUUGCUUUAUGAUACUAUUUAUGCACAUCAGGAUAAAAGAGAUGAUCUUGCCAUCGGUGUGAAAUCUACAGCGCUCCUCUUUGGGGAAAAGACAAAAUAUUGGCUCUCUGGCUUCAGUUGCACCAUGCUGGGUGGACUAACACUGGCAGGAAUCAAUUGUGGUCAGACCUUCCCGUACUAUGCAGCCCUGGCAACUGCAGCUGUCUGUUGGGGAAACCAGGUAUUCCAUUUGGACAUUAACAAUCCUAAAGACUGCUGGGACAAGUUUUCUUCAAACCGCAAUCUAGGGAUUUUGCUUCUUGCAGGAAUUAUACUUGGAAACUUAAGGAAAGAGAAAGAAGAAAAAAGGGAUGCUUUAAGUAGCAGCUAGGGCAGAAGAAAAGAAUGCUAUUUUACAAAUAAAAAGGAAACUUGAAAACUUUUUUUUAAUCCUCCCCUUUAUAUUUAACAGACAUGGUGCUUUAUAUUAAAAUUCUAGAAUGGUGGCAGAUUUGAUUGUCUGGUUUUGAACAUACUCUAAGUAUCUUGGCAACAAUUCUGAAUAAAUUGGGAUUUCACAGUCAAAUGUUGAGAUUAAUUCUGCAAAGCUACAUCUGAAGUUUUCCACUGUAAAAUUAUAAGAUUGUGGGGGAAUUAAACAGAUAAAACUAUGUAAAAAAUUGGUUUUCCAACACUAAAAUGGUACUACUGUGUAGUCAAAACUGUUUAGAAGUGUAAACAAUAAAUGACUGGUUUUAUAGUAUUGUCA